UAGAAAUACGUCAACAGGAUGUAUGGAAAAUUAUCUUAUCCACUUGAGAUAGGAGUGGUCUAUCAAUCUUUUAAUUCAUCAGUAAUCUCGUCUACUCGUGAGGAAAGCAAUUAGAUUAAACAUCGAGAUAUAGGAAUUGAACGACUCAUGGAGAUGUCGUCAAAGACUCUGCAUAACGAACAUAUUAAACGGCCGAUGAAUGCCUUUAUGGUGUGGUCGCGUGGUCAACGUCGCAAAAUGGCACAGGAAAAUCCGAAGAUGCACAAUUCGGAAAUCUCGAAGAGGCUCGGUGCCGAGUGGAAGCUUCUGAGCGAAAGCGAAAAACGUCCUUUCAUUGACGAGGCAAAAAGAUUGAGAGCUCUUCACAUGAAAGAGCAUCCCGACUACAAGUAUCGGCCGCGCCGGAAACCAAAGUCUCUGGUGAAGAAGGAGAACAAGUUCGGCUUCUCGAUAUCGCCGCUGAUAUCACCUGGCGACAGCCUGGCCAAUCUAUCACGCGGUCUUCUGCCACCGUUGACGCCUCCGACGCAUCAUCCAUUGAUGUCACACGAGGACCUGAAGAUCCCGCGCUUCUUUCCACCGUUUGCCUACCCGCUGUAUCCCUUACAGCACAAGCUGAGCGACGAGUUUAACGGCGGUAAGCUGGCCGCCGAUUUGGCCUUACAGGCCCUCUACACCGGCAGUCCCUUUUAUCCGAGCCAUCAAGCGAUGUCCUGGCCGACGGGCCUAUCAGCAGCCGCAUGUUUACAACCUAACUGCAGCUGCCCGAGUCCGCCGAAGGAGCCUAAAAGGCCGUUUCCGCCGUCCAAGAUGGAUGAUCUGCCUUUCCCGAGUCCGGCAAGGGCCGACGAUGACGCCGUCGUCGCGGAACGAGAAGAAUCUCGGUAUCGAAAACUCGAGCUGGACUUCUCCGCCAAUCUGGAGAGUCAUCAUCAUCAUCAUCACCACCAUCAGGAGGACCGUUCUCAGGAUCGCUUCUCUUCAUCCUCAUCCUCGUCACCACCCACGGAACAGUUAGAGAGAUCGUCGACGACGACAACGACGACCACCACAACAUCGUCCUCGUCAUCAAGCGGUAGAGUCGAUAGCGCCUUCUCGGUUCAGAGUCUGACGUCGACUUCCAAUGGCUCGAAUUCAAGCUCACAGCGUGGACACGUCAUAUGAAGGCCACUCCCGGU